UUUUGAAUUCAAAUAAAAAUGAAUAAUAAUAAAUAUAAUAAAACAAUAAUAAUAUAACAAUAAUAAUUGGUAUUCAAAUAAAAAAAAUGUAAUUGAACAGUAAAAUAUUAAAGUUUGAAUUAAACUAGAAAAUAAAUACAAUUAAUAGUAAAAUAAUAAUAAUGAUAUUAAAGAUAAUAAAGAGUUAACUGGAUGAUGAUAUAAUGUGUGUAAUGACAGAUACAGGCUGAUUGAAGUUUGUGUUUACAUAUGAGUUACAUCUCAGAGUGUGUGUGUGUGUCAGUAAGUGAUGACAUAAUGGAUUCAUUGAUUAGUAUUUCCGGUAAUGUCUGUCUGUGGUGCAGCAUAUCAGCAGCGCUCCGCUCCAGUGUGUGCAGGAUCCGCUCCGUGUUUCCUCCCCUCCCCUCUGUUGUGGCCGGUCUGUGUGUGUGUGUGUGUGUGUGUGUGUGUAUGUGUGUGUGUGGAGCGGAGUGUGUUCAGAGUGCAGGCGGAGGAGGCAGCGGGACCGCGGCUGCUGAGCCUUGUGUCUGUGUCAGGGCUACAGCCGGAGCAGAGGAGCAGAGGAGGUUCGGCUCCGAGUCUCCGGGUCUGAACCCAGGAUCAUUAGGAGCACAAUAAGAGCCGGGCUGAGGUGAAGCAGCUCUGCUGGAUCUGGAUCCUCUGCGCGCUGCUCAGCGCUGCGCUGCGGGGGAUGUGCGCACACAAUGGGAGCCGACGCACUGGUGGCACGGUCCGGGACGCGGCGGUAGGAUAACAUUUAUUUAUGUGUUUGUUUGGGAAUGGUACCGGAGCAGGAUCCAGAGCUGGCAGGACUUCCUCUGCCCGGAUAGAAGAGUGUUUUUCCACGCCGGGGGUCGCCGCGGUGUUCCGGACAGAGAGCCCGGGGGAAGAGCGGCCGGCGGAGGACGCGCCUGGUUGUUGCGUUUGUUGCCAGUUUGAAUUCCGCUGGGAUGAAGGCGGAAUGUAUUUCCUGCGCUGUGUGCACAUCUGGAUGAAGGGAGAGUCGGUUAUUGCCCCGGAGCGUUUUUACUCUCAACACGUUUAGAGAAGUUGUGUGGAUUUUAACCCAAACGUCCUCAGAGCAGCUGGACCUCAGGGAUGUACCUGCUGGACAGUAGCUGCACUGACAGGAUGGAGAGGGGAACGCCGCAGAGGAAAACCGUCUACCGGAUCUCCCUCACCUUGGUGAAGAGGGAGAGUUUAGAUGAUGAUGAUGAUGAUGAUGAGGGGUCAGGCCCCAGGCGGGCGGAGAACCCAAAGGUGGGCGCUUUCAGGCGGGAGGGCUCGGUGGAGAUCCAGCGCAGCGGCCUGCUGGAGCAGCUGAAGGAGGUGGAGGACGAGUCUGAAGACUUCUCCUCGUCUCACGGCUACAUGAGGAACUUCAGGACGUUCAGCACGGGUCAGCUGGAGCUGGGGCGGCUGAAGCUCGCCAGGAAGCUCCACCUGCAGAAGGAGCUGAAGGAGAAGGCCGCCAGCCCGGUGGCGGAGAACAUGCCAAGUCCGGGAGGGGAUCAGCAGGAAGCGGAGGAUUCACAGAGACUUAAAGAGGAUGUUUGCACUGAAGCUCCACAAACAGACGCCAGUGUGGAGAACGGCGGCGUGGAGGAGAAGAAGAAGAGGCUCCUGAAGGCGAGGAGCUUUGAGGAGAGGAGCUCCGACUCACCUUUGAACCCUGAGGGGAAAAUGUCGCACUCUAAAAGCAAUGGGAAAACAGCCAAAGCUGCGUCCCCGGAGACCCCCCCUCUGAAGCGUCCGCCCGGCCUGCUGCGCCGCAGCUUCAGCUUCAGACACUGGAGCGGCGGCGAGCUGCUGCGUCUGAGGGCGCUGUCCAAAGACAAACACCACAGCAGCUCUGGCUGCAUCGGCCGCAACGCCACGCCGGACGGUGGCGAGAAGGAUGCACAGGCUGCUGUUGAGCCCCCAGCCCCCCGCCUGGACCCCACCAGGCAGAAGAGCAGGACCCUGGAGGUCGGCGCCGUCCUGAACAAGACGGACUCCAUGUCAGAGCUGAGCCGCUGGGAGAGGGCGCGAGGCAACAAGAACAGGACACUCGACAACAGCGACCUGGUGCGACUGGCGGCCGAGAAGGACGCAUCAGGAGGGGGCUUCCUGCUGAGGGGAGGGGGAGGGCGCUCUAGUGAGAGGCGUCUGGUGCGCUUCUUCAGUGGGAUCUUCUCCAGGAGGGACGGAGCGUCCACCUCCACCCCGGUGGGCAGCCCCAGCACCAACCGGUCCCUGCGGCGGAGCAAGAGGGCGGCGCUGUCCCAGUCCAGCACGGAGAGCAUGAACGGAGGAAGCACUGAAGAUGCAUUUGUGAACAGUCAGGAGUGGACGCUGAGUCGAACGGUACCAGAACUGAAAGUGGGCAUUGUGGGUAACCUGGCCAGCGGUAAGUCGGCGCUGGUCCACAGGUACCUGACGGGAACGUACGUCCAGGAAGAGUCACCUGAAGCUGACGUGGACGCAGGUGGCCGCUUCAAGAAGGAGAUUGUGGUGGACGGUCAGAGUCACCUGCUGCUCAUCAGAGACGAAGGAGGCCCCCCGGAGGCUCAGUUUGCGCUGUGGGUGGACGCCGUGAUCUUCGUCUUCAGUCUGGAGGACGAGAUCAGCUUCCAGACAGUCUAUCACUACUUCAGCCGCCUCGCCAACUACAGGAACGCCGCCGACCUGCCGCUGGUCCUGGUCGGCACGCAAGACGCCAUCAGCUCAGCCAACCCGAGAGUGAUCGACGACAGCCGAGCCAGGAAACUCUCCAACGACCUCAAACGCUGCACCUACUACGAAACCUGCGCCACCUACGGCCUCAACGUGGAGCGAGUCUUCCAGGACGUCGCCCAGAAGAUCGUGGCCACCAGGAAGAAGCAGCAGCUGUCCAUCGGGCCGUGCAAGUCGCUGCCCAACUCCCCGAGUCACUCGUCUGUCUGCGCCACACAAGUGUCCGCCGUCCACAUCAGCCAGACGAGUAACGGCGGCGGCAGUCUGAGCGACUACUCGUCGUCGGUGCCGUCCACGCCCAGCACCAGCCAGAAGGAGCUGCGCAUCGACGUGCCACAGACCACCAACACGCCCACGCCCGUCAGGAAGCAGUCCAAGCGCCGCUCCAACCUCUUCACCUCGAGGAAGGCGAGCGAGCCGGACAAGGACAAGAAAGGCCUGGAGGCUCGGGCCGACAGCAUCGGCAGCGGGCGAGCCAUCCCCAUCAAACAGGGCAUGCUGCUGAAGAGGAGCGGUAAAUCCCUCAACAAGGAGUGGAAGAAGAAGUACGUGACGCUGUGUGACAACGGACUGCUCACCUACCACCCGAGUCUGCAUGACUACAUGCAGAAUGUCCACGGUAAGGAGAUCGACCUGCUGAGGACCACGGUCAAGGUGCCGGGGAAGAGGCCGCCCCGCGCCGUGUCCACCUGCGCCGCCGUCCCGAGCCCCAAAACCAACGGUCUGACGAAGGACAUGAGCAGCAUGCAGCUGGGACAGACUCCAGGUGAGAGAGGUUCGGUGACCAGCAGCUCGUCGGUGUCUCAGAUGGCGAGCGGCGUCAGCUUGGUGUCCUUCAACAGUCGCGGCCUGGAGGGGAUGCACCAGCGCUCGUACUCCGUCUCCAGCGCCGACCAGUGGACCGACGCCACCGUCAUCGCCAACUCCGGAGUCAGCACAGAUACAGGCCUGGGAGACUCAGUCUGUUCCAGUCCCAGUAUCUCCAGUACCACCAGUCCCAAGAUGGAGCCGCCACCGUCGCCGCACGCCAACCGCAAGAAGCACCGCAGGAAGAAGAGCACCAGCAACUUCAAAGCCGACGGCCUCUCUGGUACUGCGGAAGAACAAGAGGAGAACUUUGAGUUCACCAUCGUGUCGCUGACGGGCCAGACGUGGCACUUCGAGGCCACUUCGUACGAGGAGCGCGACGCCUGGGUUCAGGUCAUCGAGAGCCAGAUCCUGGCCAGCCUGCAGUCCUGCGAGAGCAGCAAGAACAAGUCUCGUCUGACGAGUCAGACAGAGGCCAUGGCUCUGCAGUCCAUCAGAAGUAUCCGAGGAAACAGUCGCUGUGCCGACUGCGAAGCUCAGAACCCGGACUGGGCGAGUCUGAACCUCGGGGCCCUGAUCUGCAUCGAGUGCUCGGGCAUCCACAGGAACCUGGGAACGCACCUGUCCAGGGUCCGCUCUCUGGACCUGGACGAGUGGCCGCUGGAGCUCAUCAAGGUCAUGUCGGCCAUUGGAAACGAGCUCGCCAACAGCGUGUGGGAGGCCAACGCACAGGGACGCCUCAAACCUGCACCGGAUGCCAGCAGGGAGGAGCGGGAGCGCUGGAUCCGGGCGAAGUACGAGCAGCGCCUGUUCCUGGCGUCGCUGCCAGGCACUGACCUCUCUCUGGGCCAGCAACUGCUGAGGGCAACGGCCGAGGAGGACCUGCGCUCUGUUGUCCUGCUGCUCGCCCACGGUUCCCGACAGCAGGUCAACGAGACCUGCGGGGAGGGAGACGGACGCAACGCGCUGCACCUCGCCAGCCGCAAGGGCAAUGUGGUCAUCACGCAGCUGCUCAUCUGGUACGGCGUGGAUCUGAUGGCGAGGGACGCCCACAGCAACAGCGCGAUGGCGUAUGCUCGGCAGGCCAGCAGUCAAGAGUGUGUGGACACACUGGCUCAGUACGGCUGCCCCGACGAGCGCUACCCUCUCAUGGCCACGCCCAACCUGUCGCGCCGCAACACCAACCGUAACAACAGCUGCAGCAGUGCCGGGAGCGCCGCGCUCAUAUGACCGUGGAGAUCUGACUCUUUACAACAAACAAACCCUGCUUUGGGAGAGCUUUUAUUUUGGGAACCACUACCUGUUGUGACUCACCGACCUCACCUGACAACCGCCGCCGCCGCUGCUGCCGCCAGCUCGUUAUGACUGAUUAAAAACUGGGGUCAGUGGUGACGCUGUUUGGGGGGAAAACCCCAAAGCAUGGUGGGAAACGUGGUCCACAUCAUCAACAGACGUCGCUGGCUCAUCAGAGCAAUUUGGGAAAUAAUCAUGUGACUCGCGGCAGCCAAUGACGGCCAGUCUGAAGCUCCAGGGACAUCAUACCUCAUCACAGCUCUAAUUUAACACUACAGCCAAUCAGAAGACCGUCUCACUAAAACAUAUCGUCUUCUCUGUGAACACGAAAAGAACAAAACUGUGAGACAGCGAUAUCACGAAGGAAACCAGAGGCGGAGUCUUCGUAGCAUGCCCACAUCAUCAUCAUCAUCAUCACCAUCACUCGAGGACUCCUCUCAUUUUGGCGUCAGUGUUUCACCUUUUCUUUCAUGGAUUCUGUGAACUCUCCUGCCUUUUUUUUUAAUGUGAAAAAUAUCUUGAUGUGUAAGAGAAAAAAAAACGAUAUCAGAUCUUAGAGGUAAACAAGAAGAAGUGUGAUAGAUCGCAUGCCCUAGACACUUUUCUAUUUUAAUUUAAGGCAUUUUUCCUGGACUGUGUAUAUUGUAUCUUGAUGUGCAUUGCUGGACCAAUCGUUAAAAUGUCGACACGGGGAAGGUUUUUUUUGUUGUUUUUGAUUUUUCAGGUGUAUAAAGUCAUUAAGUGUACAGAAGCUCUUGCCAGGCUCAGGGACCGGAGACUGUCGAUCAUGAACAUCCAAUCGUCUUUUCCCAGCAUCCUUAAAUCAGGCGUCAGAGUUUCAUUUGGUUUCACUUCACUCAGUUCGGAUUUUCCAUGAAUUUAAAGACUGACUAACUAACUAAAUAAUUUGUUGCCUAAUCUAGGGCUGGAUGAUAUGAUACCACAUAGUGAUACUUACUAGCUUCAUCGUUUGGCCUUUAAAUGGCAAAAACGGUGACCCGAACAAGAAGCGACGUCUUCAAAUUGCAGUUUUUGUCCAACCGACAGCCCCAGACACAAACAUAUUCAAUUCACAAUCUUAGAAAACAGAGAAAUACAGCAAAUAAACCUAAAUAUGGAGGGCUGGAACCAGUGAAUUAAGACUGGAAAAGAUCAGACGCCGCAAGACGAAAUGACAAAACACUUUGUCUGACGUGAACGUCCAUCUGUCAUUGGUUCUUGAAGCGACUCUCAUUUUAUUGGAUCCAGAAUAUUUAUUGUAUUUUAAGGGAAAUGAGAGUUAAUUUAGAUCUGUAAAAGAUUUAUAAUGCCAGCAGUUGAUACAGAGACAUAGAUGCCUCAUUAGCCGCUGGAUCUUACGUCAGCGUGGCCGCCAUAUUGGAGAGGGCGAGACUGGCCUUUCUGGAUAAAAAGCUUGUAUUUCUCAACCUUCUGUUGCACAUUUAAUGCUAUUCGACUUCCGGGUCAAAGCCCAGGGUUGAAACUGGAGCAUGCUCAGAGUGCCUCGGCUAGUUGAGGUCCAAAUGACUACAUACAUGCAGGAGGUAUUCAACUGUGUUAGUCCGACUUUGAGAAAUUCAAUUGAGUACGAUUUCAGUCGGACUAAAAUGUUUACAUGUAUUUAAAAGUCUGGAUUUAAUUGGAUGAAUACAAUAAAUCGGGUUUCUCUAUUGUCACGUUAAUGUAUUGUCUGACAUAUCGCUGCAGCGUCUACAUAUAUAAAUGUCGGUGAUGCUGGUAACAUGACAGAUUUGGUCUAUCGUCCAGCCCGAACUGAUUUAUCUGAACUGAUUGAACUGUUAGCAUCUUAAACCCGUGUCUGAUUUACAUUCUGGUUGAACAUCCUUGGUUUAAUUUAAACUGUCCCUGAAGUGAAUUUAUUGUUUUACAAAAUGGGAAAGAAAAGGAAGCAGCUACUAAACAAACGGAGAGAAAAGGGAAUUGAUAUGCUUCUUCUUCUUCUUCUUCUUCUGGUGUUUUCAGUUUGGGUUGACGGGAGGUGACAAGUUACUUUUUAUUGAUUCAUUUCAGCUAAAACUCACUUUUACUGUCUCGAAUGAAAAGAAGUGAACGUGGUGUAGCUAACGUACAAGAUUCUGUAAAAAGCUGUCUGUAAUGUUAUUUCAAUGACCUCACACCAAGUUCCCUCCAGUCCCGUCCAAUCAGACAGUCUCCCUGAUCUGCUCAGCGAAUCACUAAGAAGGGCUUCUUCUUCUUUUUCUUCUUCUUCUCUGGUCUGGAAACCUUGUUGUAAAUAAUCUCCUCUUUCUCCAUCACCUCCUCUCUUUCAACCAUGACGUCUUGUAAAUUAGAGAACACAGGGAGUUCUUCCUGUGCGCCGGUGUCAGGAUGCAGAAUGGAAGUGAUUUAUUCUAAUGUGUGUUUGUUGUGUGGAAAAAAACAUGAGCACGGACUGAAUGUGUUCUGGCUCAGUGUUGCGCUGAUCCAUCCAGGGCAGGAAGUUCAACUUUUCUGGGUAACAACGCAUGUAAACCAGUAAACCAGUGGUUCCCAGUCUGGAAGUCUUAGAAGAACUCAUCCAGCCUGAAGGGUCACAAGACAGCUUACAAGAUGAGAAAUCCAAAAACAAAACAACAUGUACUCAACGCAAAAAGGCUGUCAUCAAGACCACUGAGUCUCCUCCGAGAUGAUUCAAAGUCUGAGCCUCUUUGAGGACGAGUCAAGACUGAGUUCAAAUGUGAUCAAGUUUGGGGACAAGACUGAGUCCAUAUUUAGACAAGUUUGAGUGAGGACGGAGUCCAAACAUGGUCAAGUUUUGAGUCAAGACCAGGUCCAUAUGUGGUCACGUUAAGAGUCAAGACCUAGUCUAAAUUUAGACAAAUUUGAGGUUGAAUUUGAGUCAAGACCGAGUCCACACUUAGACAAGUUUGAGGCCAAAUUUGGGUCAAGACUGAGUUCAAAUGUUGUAAAGUUUUGAGUCGAAAGCAAGUCCAAAUGUGGGCAACAUUUAAAUCAAGACCAAGUCCGAACAAUUUAGGUUUUUGAGUGAAGACCAAGUCCAAAUGAGGUUAAGUUUUGAGAUAAGAUUGAGUCAAAUUUAGACAAGUUUAAAGUCAAGACCAAGUCCAAACAUGCUCAAGUUGUGCGUCAACAAGUCCAGAUUUGGACAGGUUUGAGUCAGAAGCAUGUCCAACUUUGGGCAACAUUUGAGCCAAAACUGAGUCCAAGUUUAGACAUGUUUGAGUCAAGAUCAAGUCCAAACGUGGUCAAGUUUUGACUCAAGACUAAGCAAACCAAACAUGUUCAAGUUUGAAGUCAGGUUUAAGCCAAGACUGAGUCCAAACAUUGUCCAAUUUUGACCAGUCAAGACCAGGUCAAAACAUGGUUAAGUUUUGAGUCAAAAGCAUGUCCAAAUGUGGGCAACAUUUGGGUCAAGACCAAGUCCAAAUGUAGACAAGUUUGAGGUCAAAUUUGAGUCAAAACCACGUCCAGACAUGGUCAAGUUUUAAGUUAGACCGAGUCCAAAUUUAGACAAGUUUGAGAUCUCUUAAUGUGAUCAGGCUUAGAGUCAAGACUGAGUUCAAAUUUGAGCAAGUUUGUGUCAAGACCGAGUCCAUUUAUGGUCUGGUUUUGAGUCAAGAAGGUGUCCAAAUUUAGACAAGUUUGAAGUCAAGUUCUGAGUCAUGACAGAGUCCAAAUGUGGUCGAGUUUUGAGUUGAAUCUACAUGUGGUCAAGUUCGGACAAAGACCUGUAAAACCGAAACAGUGCCCCUUUCGGUAUUAGCGAAACAUGUCGACUGAACGCUAAUUGAUCAGGAUUGUCGGGACAAAUGCUCCUUAAACCUCAACGGUUUGUGAGUGAUGAUUUUUACCUUCAACACUAUGCUGAGCACCUACUGCUCGUCUCUUUACUCUCUAUACUGUUUCGUCCCCAAACUUUAACGUAAAUGUUGCUGCAGAGGUUGAGGAGCAGCUCUCAACCGGACUGUGUAUCCAAGCAAUAUUCAUCAACACAUCGAUCACUGUCGCAUCGCAACUUCGUACACUGACAUUUGCUGCAAUAUCGCCAUUAAACCACAAACACUCUGCCUGUUUGUAGAAAUGUAAGAAAGAGUGAAAAGAAACAUGAAAUUUUCCUACUUACGCCUCUUUUUUUUUUGUUACACGCCAGCCUUUACGUUCCUAACUUCGUCCAACCUUGUUACUGUAUGUGCCAUGCCCCCAUUUCCCUAGUCAUCUCAAAGAUGGCGCUCUAUCCCCCGUAAAACGCUAAACCAAGAGUUUUGACCGCAACUUGUGUUUUCAAAGUGUUUGAUUUUAUGUUUUUAUAUUGGAUUCGUCCCACGUCUGUCCUGAACUAGGACAGCAGGACAGGGUGAAGACGUCCUUUUAUUUAUGACAGAAAUGCACUAAAUCUGAUUCAGUCCGUCUUAACACUUUCCACUACAGCUUUUUAUGUUUUCUUGCGUUAGCGUGAACUGACUUUUGCCUAUUUCUCUUAGAGGCGGCGGCUCCUGGCGGUUUCCCCGAAACUGACUUUAACAGCGUCUAAAUUCUGAGAAACCAGUCUAGCUAUGUAAAUGAACGUAACAUCCGUUUUUAAAUGGUCGUAGGUAUCAAAAUAAUCUGCCAAAGGGUUAAUGAUAACACUAACUGCUAGCUAGCAACAGCAUGGCAACUGUUUGCUAGCUUAUACUGUCCUGGUAAAGUUCCAUGGUAAACAGCUCCACAAAAUCCUUUUACUUAAGUUCUUCAAAGGAGAAUAACUUCGGUAAUACCUCCUUUAAAAUGUUAAAUACUAACUAAUUUGUCAAUAGGAUAACGCUAACCCUAACUGCAGCUAGCCGUGAACAACCUAGAAUGGUAGUAUUGUUUCAGCUAGCAAGCAAACUGUUACUAAAAGUCAACUGAACUGCUCUUUUUUCCCUCAAAAAAUUACCAAACACAUACAAUUUAAAAAUGUUUGGAGUAGACACACCUGGGAAGCUUCUGAUGCAGCUAGCGAUCAGUUAGCUAAACUCAGCUAAUGAGGAGAAACACACACGUCAUUGCUAAAUUUCAGUUGGUCACUGAUUUGUUGUCAUUUUGGUUUUGAACUUCACUCUGGUAUCUGCUGCCGAAGCUAACUGCGGCUAGCUGUGAACAAACUAGCAUGGCGGCAGUGUUUCAGCUAGCAGGCAAAUUAUUAAUACUUUAACUCUAAGUGAGCUGAAUUGCUUGCUUGUCUCUCCAAAAAUUGACACAGAAAUUGUUGGAGAAUGUGAAGCUUCUGACGCAGCUAGCGAUCAGUUAGCUUAACUUAGCUAACAGAGAUAAAUGCGCAAUUUCAAUUUGUCACUGAUUUGUUGUCAUUUUUGUUUUAAACAUCACUCGACUCUAAAGUCUGUUUAUUUAAUCUCAUCAGACGAGAGAAAACUGCUCUUUACUGUUUGUAGCCACAGAAAUUGCUUAGCCAUCUGUUGCCGAAGCUGACUGCAGCUAGCGGUGAACAAACUAGCAUGGCAGUGUUGUUUCACCUAGCAAGGAAAUUAUUAAUAUGGCAGCUGAACUGCACUUAUUUCCCUCCAAAAAUUAACCGACCACAAAAGAUUUUAAAAUGUUUGCAGCACUAAUGCAUCCCGUGAAGCUUCUGAAGCUGCUAGCGAUCAGUUAGCUAAAUUUAGCUAACUGGAUGGUGAUGUGCUAGUUGAAUCUCCUUCUGUCUGUCCAUUUAUUUAACCUCAGCACAGAAAGCUUAGUAAUAUCUGUUUUUAAGUGUUUGAAGCCGCAGCUGUCUGUCGCUGAAGCUAACUGCAGCUAACGACACAUUAGCAUGGUUAGUUUUGAUCUUCCAAGCUAACUUUAUGGCUUUCCCCUAAUUUGAUCAUACUCAAGCUAAAAUUGGAAAAUAUUUAGAGACUAGAAACAUCCUGUGAAGCUCCAGCAAUCAGCUCGCUUAUCUCGGCUAACGGACAGUUGCGUGGUGUAUUUUCUAGUGGUGUUAGAGCCGAUGUUACGGGCAUAGAAAAGUGAAGCUGCCUGCUUGUAGAUAAAUAACAUCUGCUUUGAAAGGCGGCAGGAGAACAGGGAAACUGCAUUAGCGCUAAUCUAUCCACUCACCACCUCACCUGUACAUAGACUUCAAACAAUAAAACAAAGAAAAAUUUAAAAAAAACUCCUUAUGGUCAAGUUUGUCUGGUUGUGUUACCUCUCGUAGCCUUUACCCCUAAGCCCCGCCCACCAGGGCUGUCCCCUUUAUUAUUUAUAAAGGCACCCAUGUGAGUAAGACCCCGCCCCCUUUUUGUAUAUUUUCCUCAAACCUCUGCAGUCCAUUCGAGUUUUCUUAUUAUGAUUUAUCAUCCAGACACAUUAUUGUUCUUGUUAUUCUAAUUAUUAUUAUUAUUAUUGUUAUUGACUUUUUGUUGGCUGUACAGUUCUGUUGUUGAAAAA